CUACUCCAAGAUCGUGGCAGCUUCCAGGCGGUGGCGGCAGAUUCUGGGCGACGACGCCAUCCAAGGGCGAUGGCAUCCAGGGAGGCAGCUUCUAGGCCGGCAGCCACCCGGGCAGUGGCGGGCCUAAGGUCGGAGUGCUGGACUGGAUGCCCCGACUGGAUUCUCUAUUUCUCGGGUUCUGCGUUGUCCGGCGGUCGCCCCGACGCUUUUCUUCCUCUAGAUGGCAAGGUGGUUGCCGCCAUCCUCUUAGUCUGUUGCGAGCUGCUUGUGGAAUCUGAGAAGACUUGCAAGCUGCUGCCUGACGCCCCACGUGAACAGUUCCUCUGGUGCUCGGCUUCACCCUGGCUAGACAGUGUGGGUUGGGGACCGGCGGCCGCCCUUCUGCCGACAGGCGUUGCUCAGGAAGCCGACAACUACCCACUAGGCGGCCAAGGCGGGUUCUCCCUGUGUUGAUGCACUUCAUGUUAGCCCGCGGUUUGACGUUUUGUUAUUUCUCUUUUUUUUUGCAGGUUUGACGUUCUCCCGGAGAUGGCUCCAGCUAGGCGGACCACUACUGCUGAGGGUCGGCAACUGAGCGUUCCAGAUAGAGCGCGGGCACAACAUGUGGUCAUGUCAGAUUCCGACGAUGACUCUGGUGCUCGGGAGGACCCGAAUCUUUGGUGGGACCUUGAUAAUAGCGGGAUAGCGGACCUCCCCCCUCGUAGCCAAGACGAGGACCUUGCCGUUGCAUAUAGUUUGAUUGGCCAAGAUUGUUUGUUGGAAUCUCCAGGGGCUACCGACAUAUUGAGCAAUCCACCAACUUCUUACUUCGGGGUCCAUAUCCGCUCUCUGGAGUUAGGGAUGGCCGUGCCACUGCACCCCUUCCUGGUUCGGUUCCUUCACUUUCUGGGUAUGGCCCCGGGUCAAUUGGCUCCGGCGGCUCAUAUGUUCGUUGCCGCUUUUGUGGCGCGGUGUGAGGAUGUGGGCCUCACACCCACGGUUGAUCUGUUUUUCAGCUGCUUCCAGUGGCGUGCUUCUAGCUUUUUCGCCUUACUCUCCCAGAGGCCGGUGAGCAAACUGUUUCGAUCGGGUUACCCCCGUUCAGGGAAAGGGUGGAAGAAAAGAUGGAUAUGGGUAUCCGACCCCAACCUCCCGUCACCUCUGCCUCAGUGGGGUGAACGGGUUCGGAAGUGUGACCGGGUCGCUCUCUCCCCUGGUCUCAAGUCCUCCAUCGAGAUAUUGUCCGCAGGCGGUCCCCACUCCAUCAGCUCAUAUUUAGUUGUGCCUGAGAAGCUCGUUGUUGAGGCGGAAUCCGACGAAGAGGAUGAGCCUCCACAAGUCAUCAUUCCUGUGGCAGCAACGGCUGCAAAGGGGAAAGGGCACGGAGCCCCCCCUCCAAGAAGGGUGAGAGUUACCUUUGGGCCUCGGCCAACUACGCCAGUGCAAGAGAAGCACAAGGGCGGACUCGUCGAUCUGCUAGUCAAAUUGGAUGGGUCCGAUGAGGAGGAGGAGCCCUGCCCCGCCGUUGCUGAUGUGGCCCCCAAGACGGUUGCGGGGAAAGAGCACGGAGCCUCCUCCCCGGGCCGAGGGGAAUGAGUCUCGAAGAAGGCCAAGGUUACCCCCAAGUUUCAUUCCGCUGAGCAGGUACAUGAGGGUGCAGAUGAGAGGAUGGCCGAACGGAGCAACCAUGACACCCAGCAUACAGUUACUUACGCCUUCCCAUCUUCGAGUGCCUCGAUUAUGCAUGAAGGCUUCCCGGUCGUGGAUUAUGCUUCAUAAAUCCUCCCACCAGGCGACCUCACCUGUACGACUUCCCAAGAGUUUCAUCCCCUCUUGGAGGGUUCUAUCUGGUCACAUAUCGAGGGGCUCGCCAAGACCAUCAGGGCACUCCACGCAGCCAAUCAUUCUCAGGCCAGGCUUCAGCGUGAGGCUGACGAAGUUAGGGCUGCCCUGUGGGCCAGCCAGAAAGCCUUCUCCGAGCUGCAGUCCUCGCGUACACAAGAAUGUGAAGAAGCGGCCAAACAAGGAGCCAAGAAAGCGCUCUCCGAGUUCCAGGCCUCCGAGCAGUUCCAGAAGCUCAUCUCUGCGAGGGUGCAAGCGGAACAGUCUGAACUAGUGCAUAGGUGGCUGACGACCCCCGACGGAGAGUAUUGGCGCGCUCGCGAAAUCCUCUAUGCUUUUCAGAGUGGCAAGUAUUUGAUGCAGCAGAAGGUGUAUGGCCGGUUGAAGGAUCUCAACCCUGACUUUCAUCCAUCCACACUGGGCCUUCCUGGCCGCAUGAAGAAACCCGUGGAGGCGAUAGCCCUUCUUCCCCCAGAGGCUGUCCGUCAGGAGGAGGAGCUUGGUAGUUCUAACGAAUGGGCCUGGUUCUUUCCGCCAGCUCCAGGGAACAUGACUCCUGUGGCCCCUGGCCAGGACUUGGUUGGUGUGUUAGAUGACAUUCCCGAGGUUGAUGGCGAUGGGUCUGUCCAGCCGUGACCUUGUAUUUUGUAUUUCCUUUGUUUCCCACUUGAAUACUUUGUGGAUGUUUGAUUUUUAUUUCAUACGCC